CACCACCCCAUUCAUUCCUGACCUAGCUACCCCCGGCCUCAAUUCGCCAUAUCCCUGGGUGGAAUCUCGGCCUCAGGAGGCUAUUAUGCCGUCUGCGCGCCAUCAUGUGUUUGAGUUGCCCGGGCAACAGCCACGUCCGGGAGCGGGGCUGCAACCCUGCUGGGUGCCGAUUGUUGCCGAGGCCGCAGUUGAGUACGAGAGUGUACCGCUGCGUCCCUGAGCACCUCAGCUUUCCGACCCUGGGAUUUUGACCUGAGCGGGCAGCCCUUUUGACUGUUGAAUUGUUGUCCUGGUAACCGCCACUUCCGGGAGCGAAUGUUCUCUUGCCCCCCUCCCCCGGCCCUGCAGGCGCACAGCUCCGGGUUCCGGCCUGUAGCGGCGGUUGGUCGGUCGCCUCUGUUCGGGGUUGGGGCUUCCCUUGGCGGAGCCUGCGGGCCGAGUGUCGCGAUCCUUUUCGACGCCUCGACGAGGCCUCCGAAGCCGCCAUGGUUCUGCUACACGUGAAGCGGGGAGACGAGAGCCAGUUCCUGCUGCAGGCGCCGGGCAGCACCGAGCUGGAGGAGCUCACGGUGCAGGUGACUCGGGUCUAUAACGGGCGGCUCAAGGUGCAGCGGCUCUGCUCAGAAAUGGAAGAAUUAGCAGAGCAUGGCGUCUUUCUCCCGCCUAAUAUGCAAGGACUGACCGAUGAGCAGAUCGAAGAGCUGAAAUUAAAGGACGAAUGGGGCGAAAGAUGUGUACCCAGUGGGGGCGCAGUGUUUAAGAAGGAUGACAUUGGACGAAGGAAUGGGCAAGCUCCAAAUGAAAAAAUGAAGCAGGUUAUAAAGAAGACUAUAGAAGAAGCCAAAGCAAUAAUAUCUAAGAAACAAGUGGAAGCCAGUGUCUGUGUUACUAUGGAGAUGGUGAAAGAUGCCCUGGACCAGCUUCGAGGUGCUGUGAUGAUUGUUUAUCCCAUGGGGUUGCCACCGUAUGAUCCCAUCCGGAUGGAAUUUGAAGAUAAGGAAGAUCUGUCAGGAACUCAGGCGGGACUCAGCGUCAUUAAAGAAUCAGAGGCACAGCUGUGGUGGGCAGCUAAGGAGUUAAGAAGAACAAAGAAGCUCGCAGACUAUGUGGGGAAAAAUGAAAAAACCAAAAUUAUUGUCAAGAUUCAGCAACGGGGACAGGGAGCGCCAGCCCGGGAACCUGUCAUCAGCAGUGAGGAACAGAAGCAGCUGAUGCUGUAUUAUCACAGGAGGCAGGAGGAGCUCAAGAAAUUGGAAGAAAAUGAUGAUGACUCCUGUCUAAAUUCCCCAUGGGCAGAUAACACUGCUUUGAAGCGACAUUUUCAUGGGGUAAAUGACAUAAAGUGGAGACCAAGAUGAACCAGCUGAUGAAGAUUGCAAAACUGCUAGGACACUCUGCUUGUAUGCAAAAUAGUUACAGUAAUAAAAAGGACACCAAGCUCUCUCUACAAGAGAUGUUGAAAUUUCUAUUUUCCUAGUUUUCUUUUAGUUUGAAUUUUUAAAAUAACAGUUACUGUUUUAGGAUUUAAUAUACAAUAACCUCAAAAGAAAAUGACUAAAUUAUUUUUGUUUUAGGAUGGCUAUGUAGUA